AUGGACUUGGAUAAAAUUACUGUAGUGGAGGAGACCGCUAUGGAAGAGUUAUGGUAUGAACAGCCUGCGAACGACUGGAACGAGGCCCUGCCAGUCGGCAAUGGGCGACUCGGCGCCAUGGUCUAUGGCCGCACGGACACGGAGAUGCUACCGCUGAACGAAGACUCGGUGUGGUAUGGGGCCCCUCAGGAUCGCAACCCCCGAGACGCAUUCAAUUAUCUGCCUAAGCUGCGACAGGCUAUUCGUGAUAGAGAUCAUAAAGAGGCCGAGAGGCUGGCCACACUUUCCUUUUUCGCCAACCCGAUCAGCCAGCGACAAUAUGAGCCUCUCGGCACUCUGUUCAUGGAUUUCGGUCACGGAGCAGAUCAUAUUACCGGGUAUCGACGGUGGCUCAAUAUUGAUGAUGCCACCGCCAACGUUAAGUACAAGUACCACGGACAUCGUUGCAAGAGGACGGUCCUCGCCAGCUAUCCCGACAACGUCAUUGCCAUCCGGGUUUCGUCGGAGCUUAGAACUGAGUUUAUUGUCAGACUGUCUAGGAUGAGCGAGCUUGAGUUUGAGACCAAUGAGUACCUGGAUGAUGUCUACGCUGGCGACGAUUAUAUCAGGAUGCACGUUACCCCCGGAGGCCGCGAUAGCAACCGCGCAUGCUGUAUCGUGGCCGUUCACUGCUUGGAUCACUUGGGCAGCGUCAAAAACAUCGGAAAUAAUUUGGUCGUCAACUCCAAGGACACUUUUAUUCUUGUUGCGGCUCAGACCACCUUUCGUCACGCAGAUAUUGAUCAGCGCACUUCACAGGACAUCCACCAUGCUCUCAAUUGUGUUCAGCACUCUGUCUCAGAACUGUACAAAAGACACACUGCCGACUACCAGUCUUUGUUUCGUCGAAUGGAUCUGCAAAUGAUUCCGACCCAGCCUGAAAUCCCAACUGAUAAGCGUAUACAAGAUUCCCGAGAUCCCGGCUUGAUCGCCCUUUACCACAAUUACAGUCGGUACCUUCUGAUAUCCUGCAGUCGCAAUGGGGAUAAAGCCCUUCCAGCAAAUUUGCAAGGCAUCUGGAACCCAUCGUUUCACCCAGCAUGGGGCUCCAAGUUCACUAUCAACAUCAACCUACAGAUGAACUACUGGCCCGCAAAUAUCUGCAACUUGUCCGAAUGCGAGCUUCCUCUCUUUGACCUGUUACAGCGAAUGGCCGAGUCAGGAAGAACUACAGCUCAACGCAUGUACGGAUGCCGAGGCUGGGCUGCCCAUUCGUGCACCGAUAUUUGGGCUGACACAGCUCCCGUUGACCGAUGGAUGCCGGCGACUAUCUGGCCGCUUGGUGGUGCUUGGCUCUGCUAUCACAUUUGGGAGCACUUUCAGUUUACCGGAGAACACGACUUUCUCAGACGAAUGUUCCCCAUUCUACGAGGAUGUGUGGAAUUUCUCAUUGAUUUCUUGGUUGAGGAUGCAACGAUGGAAUACCUUACCACGAGUCCCUCCGUAUCCCCAGAAAACUCCUUUUACGACAAGGGACAAAAGGGUGUGCUAUGUGAAGGAUCCACAAUCGACAUCCAAAUUGUCCGUGCUAUUCUGGAUGCUUUUGAAUCAUCUGUAAAUGAACUGGGGGUGAUGGAUGCUCUAUUACCGUCAGUUCGUACGAUCCGUGAUCGUCUCGCACCUAUGAAAAUCAGCGAUUCUGGAUACUUACAAGAGUGGGCUAUGGACUACGAUGAGGUUGAGCCGGGGCAUCGCCAUACUUCGCAUCUGUGGGCGCUCUAUCCGGGCAACGCCAUAACGCCAACGACAACGCCCGAUUUGGCAGAGGCUUGUGGUGUAGUACUCCGCAGACGAGCCGAACACGGUGGUGGUCAUACAGGCUGGAGUCGAGCAUGGCUGAUCAAUUUGCACGCUCGCUUGCUCGAAGCUGAAGAUUGCAGCAAGCACUUGGACUUGCUUUUGGCUCAUUCUACGCUACCCAAUAUGCUGGACAGUCAUCCUCCAUUCCAAAUAGAUGGCAACUUUGGCGGGGGAGCAGGUAUUGUAGAAAUGCUCGUGCAAUCGCACGAGCCUGGUUUGAUCCGGCUUCUUCCCGCAUGUCCCAAGGGUUGGACAGGAUCCAUCCGCGGGGUAAAAGCGCGCGGUGGGUUUGAACUAGAAUUCAGUUGGGAAAAUGGGUGUAUUGUUGGUCAGGUGAUGGUCAUGUCGCGAGGAAAGGAGACAACUAUCUGUUUUCCCGGUGAAGAUGGCCGCAGGGUGAGGAUUAAGAAUGCCGGUGGCUACCUGGGAAUCCAUGUAAUUAAUGCAUAA